AUGCUUCUGAGCCCUUCCAAUAUGAGUCCACGUAAAGAGCCAUUGCUCCCACCGGAGACGGCCUUCGCACGCUGGCGAAACGCCUGCGGCAUUACUCGUAAUGGUUGCCAGUCUACUGUCAGGGUGUCGCAUGACCAGCAGCCCAGCUACGAGUCCUUCGUGCUCGCCAAUGGCGAAAGCAAAGUGGAGAUGGAAAUUGACACCCGUAUUCCAUCUUCAGCCAUUUUCACUUUUAAUAAAGAGGACCACACCCUGGGUAAUUUGAUCCGCGCUCGUCUGUUGCAGAGCGCCCACGUUCUCUUUGCAGCCUACAAGGUUCCCCACCCUUUAGUUCCCAAAUUUGAACUGCGCGUGCAAACCGACGGUGAAAUCGCUCCCAAGGAGGCCGUAGUGACCGCCUGUCACGAGCUGGUUCGAGACUUGGGAAUUCUUUCUCGCGAGUUUACCAAGGAGUACGAACUACGGAAGAUGGUGGGAGCAAGUCAGCAGCAGCAGAACGGGGCUGCGGACGGGAUUUAG